ACAGCCGCGAACAACAUAAAAUAACAAAUAAUGUCGCUUAUAAAGAAUUUGGUUAAGGAAUCCGAGCACAAGCCCAAGAAAAAGAAGAAGGAUGACGGAUCCGGAGGUAGCGAUUCCGAUGGGAAGGACAAACCCCUCCGACCAUUUGUCAAAACCGCCACAGAUCUGCAAAGGCUGAAGCUGGAGAAACUCAUGAAGAACCCGGAUAAGCCCGUGGUCAUACCAGAGCAGCGUCGGGAGCGGGACUACAUGUCCUCGGUGCCCAGUUUUGUGCGAAACGUGAUGGGAAGCAGCGCUGGAGCCGGUUCCGGUGAGUUCCAUGUCUACCGCCAUUUGCGUCGCAAGGAGUACGCCCGCCAGAAGAACAUACAAAACCAGAGCGCCCGGGAAGCAGCGGACGAUGCCUACCAGCAAAAGCUGGACGACAAUCGUCGAGCAGCCGAAGAAAAAACUGCAAAGAAGCGAGCCAAACGGCUUAAGAAGAAGCAGCGGGCGAAAAAGCCGCGCGACCAGAAGAAGCCAGAAGCCAAGGAGGUAUCAGAGUCUAGUGGCAGUGAUUCGGAAGAUGAGAAAACUGCAGAAGCUCGAGGAAAAGAUGAUUUGGAAGGGGCUGUCAAGGAGUCCACACAUGACAACGAAGAGCCAUCAAAGCAAGAGACAACCGACCAGGAACCAGAAGCGAAUACUGAUACGUCGCGUGAAAAAGCCAUUGAUCACAAGGAGCAAGAGCCAGACAAAGCCAACUCUGAUGACCAGGACAACAAGGAUUCUUAGGCUUGCAUUUAUGGUCAAGAAUACACAAUCUAGGUAUUAAUAAAACAAAUUGCAGUUUUAUUCA